AAAUACCUGCCCAUCAGCUGCUCACUAACAAAGCUGCACAACUACCUUCAGCAACGACGACCCAGCACUUAACAUGAGGCGAGACAACACUAAAGCUGUUCUUUUCUGGUUCAUUGGAGCAAUGAAUACGCUGCCUGUUGUGAUGUCUCAACAAUACAAUAUUGGCCGACCGGAUAGCAAAAUCGACAAGGAUGCCAGCAAAAAUAACAUGAACUUUGCAGGCUCUGGAUGUCAGCGCUGGCAGUUCAAGUUCCAGAAGACUUUGCACACCUUGGUGGGAGACAUUACUGAACCUCCUUGCGGAAAGAAGUGCACAAUCGCAAUUCUCAAGGAUUUCACAGCAGCCCUCACGGCGACCAACAUUACGGAGGGAGGGGAGAAGAAGCUCGACGGAUGUGUGGCUGAUAGUGGUGUCUGUGCUGGCUUGUCUUCUGAAUCCUUUCAAGUGGGCGGCACUUGUUACUGCAUAGGGACUUUGGUUGCGCUUCGUCUACACGGAGGCUCACAAUGCGAACGAAACGAGGUGCAUAAAAGGUUUGCCGACAGACUCAAAGAGGACUGGACGACUAAAGACAAUCCCGGGCUUCUUCAGUCAAAGUUACAUUGUAAUCAACGCAAGGCAAGUCAUUGUUCGUGUGCAAAGUUCGACAAAAAGAACAAAUACUACGGUCUUCCGCAUGGAAAAGAGUGUCCUGCCGAGGUGGGGAAUCCAUUCCCCAACUCUUAGACCAAGUCGGGCACUGUUUCGAAUGCCUAUGAAGGCAGUGGGCAAAAUGCAGGUGCCACGCUCCAGUAUCGAUGAUACAAGUUGCUCGACUAUCAAUGAUGCAGAUCCUAUUGUUACUUAGAAGGU